AUGAAUAUGGACGGAACGCGACUGUAUGGAUCACAGACGAAUAUCGUACCAGCAAAAUGUGUAGGUACGAUGAUCGAUAAAUAAUAAAGUCACCGUAUUACAAAGGAAAUUUUAUAUUUUAUUUUAACGUUUACAUGAUACAGAAUUUAAUGCAUGAAUUAUGACUGACGACUGUUUAUUAAUUUCUUAUUUACUGUUAUAUAUAUUCUCGGCAAUUUGUUUGUAACUUGGUAAUCAAUAAUUUGUUGGUAUCUCCAUGAUAACUUUUUAUAAGACUGAAUAGAUGUCGCUACAAAUGCAAAACAUCUACCGACAUCUAUUGAUGACAUUUAUCGAGUCGAUAAUAUUGAAAAUGACAGUAAAAUAAUAAGAUUUUCGAGAUCUCAAAUAAUUAAAUCAAUCGAGGUUGAUUUCUAAUUUACUCGUCGACCAUGUCUACUUUGUGGUCUAUCAAUUGUAAGAUAAAUCAUAAAUACAUAUGCGCUCAUGACUGAUGUCAGAAGUAAUGAGUAAUUGCUUGAACGUACGUGACGCAUGUGACUGUACAACCAUUGUCCUCUCACCAAUACAAGAAAAUGUAUUGUGAUUGGCUGUAUUUUUGACAAGGUAUGAAUAUAUGUAUACAUAUACAAUAUAAUUGCAUAACAUUAACAAAUUAUUUUUUUUUGAAAAUCAAUUAAUUAAACAGUAAAUGUCUAAUCCAUUUCGUUGUAUGAAAUCAAAGCGCGGAUAAUUUUCCUUUCAAUGAAAAUAUUAUUCAAUACUUUAAAAAAUAACAUCAAUAUAUAUGUAUGUUAAUGUUAUACAAUUGACAUAUAUAAAUAUAUCUAUUAUCAGGAACACAUGCAAGGGCGAUAAUUUUUCUUUUAAAAUAAUUUCAUUGUUUACUGCGUUAUUUUUUUAUGGUAUUGGCAAAAAAAAAAAUGAUUUUUAUCAAUACACAACGAGAUUUCGCCAAUAUUACUUUUGCCUUAUAUGACAAAAUUUCGUAUUCGUUAUAUUGUUGUAUCACAUAGAAAACGAAUAAAUUUGCGCCAAAUUUACACGAUUGGAGCUAACCUAUUUCAUUUAAAAAACGACGUUGCAUCAUUUCUUAUAAAAUUCCUUUGCAAUCAUGAGACGAUGACGUUUGACAUGCAACUCAAAAUGAUAAAUGCCAAUGUUUACGAGGCAGUCAUACUUUAAAACAGAAUCUUGAUAUCUAUUUUGAGUUAUAUAAAAUGUGUUAAUCGUUUAUUUAUAUCACAACUGUGCUGCAUUUUCAGCUAACUGGUCACUAUAACAGUGUAUAAUUUAAAAUGAUAUACUAAAUUAGAACUGUUUAGAUGUGUUUACGAAAUAAUGGAAGAGAUUUGGUUCCAUCUAUCAAAUCAAUUUGAGACACUUCAGGUAAUUGUAAUUUUCAAUAAAAGUAAUAUUUGUUUCUUUUUUCUUUUUUUCUUUUUUUUUUAAUUUAUAUAUUAGCAAUAUAUAUAUUAUUACAUUUGUUCCCAAAUUAAAAAAAUAUAAUUGAUAUUAUAUUCCCACUUUCUCUUUUCAAUAUCAUACAUUAAACUUUUUUUGGGGGGAAAAGAUUCAAACCUCGUUACUUGUACAACAAGGGCAACAAUGGAUUGUAACAUUGUUAACUCAAGCACAUCAAGUUUUUUACAAGUUACACGAGAACCAGAACAUGCAAAAUGUCAAGGACAUUGUACAACAUAUACUUAUUUGGAUUAAAAGUGCUUGGGAACAAUUGCAAUUUCAAUAUUAUAAUGCACACAUUAAUGUUAAAGGUCUUUACAAACAAAUAAAGAGUUUAUAUAACAAUGAAGUGUCAAAAAGAGAACUUGCAUUUUGUUUAGCAGGUUUAAUUGUUGGUACUUUAAUUGGUUAUUAUAUUGGAAUCAAUUGGGGGCAUGUAUCUCAUCAUAUGCAUCAUAUAAAAGCUGUAAUAUGUCAUCAUUACAUUGGUAUUGAGGGUGUAUCUAUGAUAGAUGAUGCAGAAAUGCCUAUAAUUGAAAGAUCUAAUGAAUUAUUGGUACAAGUUAAAGCAGCUUCUGUUAAUGUUGUUGAUACAAAGAUUUGUUAUGGUUACUCCAAAAUUUACAGAAGACUUCUUAAUUCUGGUAAACACAAAGAACUACCAGUAACAUUAGGCAGAGAUUGCACUGGAAUAGUAGUAGGUAUAGGACAAAAUAUUAUUAAUUUUGACAUUGGAGAUGAAGUAUUGUUAGCUGUACCUUCAUGGGCUCCUGGUACAAUGGCAGAAUAUAUAGUUGUCCCAGAAACUCAAGUAGUUAAACGACCAAAACUUUUUACUUUUGAAACAUUUGCAAGUCUCCCCUACAGUGGAUGCUUAGCUUGGGAUGCCUUAGUUAAUAGAUCUGCAAUUCAAGAAGGCAAUGCAAAAGGAAAACGAGUACUUAUAUAUGGUGCAAAUACCCCUGUUGGUUGUAUUUUAACUCAAUUAGUUAAGUUAUGGGGUGGAUAUGUAGUUACAAUGUCUAAACCAAAUGCAAUUCCUGUAUCAAAAGCUUUAGGAGCAGAUGAUGUUAUACCACUAGAUAAUUCAGAUGUAGAAAAAGAGUUACAAUUACACGAUAAAUUCGAUUCUAUAUUUUAUACUGGAGGGCAACCAAUUGACGAACGUAUAUUAAAGCAGCACUUAAUGCCUUAUGGUUCUUAUGUCUCAACUGUUCCCGAACAAUUAACAUCUGAUUCAUUAGGUUUCAUAUUUGGAAGUAUAUUUGCUGGAUGUGUACGAAUAAAGUUACUAGUUCAGUACGUGCUUGGAUUUAAUAUGCAUCAAUGGAAAGAAGGUUCGAAGAUUAAUGCAACGUACUUGCAGGCAUUGUGUGAUUUAGUUGACGCUAAUCAAUUACAGAUGGUUGUAGACAGGAUGUAUGGACCUUACAAUAUCGAACAAGCAUUGUAUCAUAUAUUAGAUCCCAAUGCUAUUGGUAGUACUAUAAUAACAUUUCAGUGACAAUUGAAUGUUAUAUGUAGAAAAGAUUUCGGUUAUAUAAAUAUCAGUUUCUUUUAUUAAUAUAUAUUCUAAAUAAUAUCCCUAUCAUCUAAUCACUGCCAAAUACCAUCCAACAUUCAAAUAAACUUUAAUAAAGACAUAUGAUGCAAAAACCAAGACUGAAUAUUGUAAUAAAAUUUAAUUUAUAUAUGCAAUUACAUAGUUUAUAUAAUUUCAAAUUGUUAUUUACUUGUGUAUAUAUAUAUAAUAUAUAUAUAUAU